AUGAAGGCAAUGAUGAAAGCAAUCAAAGACCAGUACAAAAGCCAAAUUGACAAUCUGAUCAGACACAAGGAGAAUCUUGCGAAAGAAAGCUGUGAUGAAAAUGUUCAGCCAACAGAAGGAGAAAAAUUUCAUUGUGAAGAUGAUGAAGAAGAGAAUGAUAAAGAAAUGAAUGCCAGUUUGAAUAAAACACUCAAUGAAAUAUUCAAACAGACAAACAUAGACCAGAACGAAGAGGAGAACGAGGAGCAAACACAGAAAGAAGAUGAUUCACAACCAUCUACAGUCGAUCUUGCUGCAUCUACACCGAAGCCAAAAGAAAAGGAGCAAGAUGAUUCUGCUCCAGGAGCUGUGAAUAGGGAAAGCAUCCCAAAAGAAGGAGGUCCACUGGGGGAAGUUGCAACAGAACCACCAGAACAAUCUGUUCAAGAAGGUCUGAAUCAGGGAACACCACAACAAGAGGACACCCCGAAAGCAGUUCCAGAACAGACAUAUGCAAAAGAAACAGGAAAAAAAGGAGCUACCAAAAUAGCAGAUCCAAUGGAAGUUGAUAAGGAAACAACAGAAGAAGGGAAUACAGGGCAAGCUGCGCAAAAGACUGCAGAAACUGACAGCGAGAAAACGGUGUCAGAUGAUGUUGUUCGAGAAGAGGCUCCAAAACUGACAACCGAAGCUGCUGAGAAGCCUAAAGUGACAAGGGAAGACGACAUUCCAUCCUUUGAUCUCAGCCCUCUCAACCGUCAAACACCAACAACACCAACGAAGUUGACUACCAACACGGCAACCGAUCAACCAGGAGAGCCUCGCAAAAGAAGAAUUGUGGUGAAGAAUGUGCACGGAAAUGAAAAGAAGGCAAGAGCAACACCACCACCAGCACAGCCACAAAGCACCCAGUCACAGACGGAGUCAUAUGCUAUAUGGUCAAAUCUGUACACAAACAGCCAAGAGAAGCUCAAGGAAGUCCGUGAAUGCAUAGAUGCUUACCUAGAGGACCUGAAUUCUCCAACUGUCGAACCAGUUGCUCCACAAUCACAAAAAUCACCAGUUGAAUGGUCAACACCAACACAAAAAACACCUGAUGAUAUGUUCAACAACAUCCUGGAGUACAUAAGAUGCAAAAACAAGAAAUUUGUCAAGAGGUAA